AUGACUUCUGCGAUAAAGACCCAAGAUUUCAACAGCUCAAAACUUCAAAGCACUUUUUCACAGAACUCUCCCUCUGUCACAACAGAAAGCACCUCUCACGUCGCCUCUAUAAUAAAAAAAGAAAAUACCGCACCAAUUCCCACAAAUCAUACAAAUGGGGUGAGUAACAGUAUCACGAGUAGCAUUUCCACCACGAAAACAACCGUCAGUUCAAAGAACAUGCCAAGUUCUACACCAGCCAUAAAUAUUUUCUCAAAUGACGGAAGUUUCUUGGAUCGGUUCAAAAAAAUGAAAGCUGAAGAAGAUGAGAAAAAGAAACAGCGUGAAGCUCUAGAAAGUUCUGCUUUAGCCGUCCAAAGAUGUGAUUUUUGGAGAUUUGUUCGAUGGGAUACUGAAUUAAUGAAGAAGAAGGCUUUCGAAGAUCGAAUUAGAAAUCGUGGUAAACGCAAGAGUCCACCCACGGAGGAUGUUGACCAAGAUCCUAAACGUACAAACGUAGAAGUGGAGGACAAUGAGACAUUAGAUCCAAAAGCCAAUGCUUACUUGAAAGAAAUGCAAAAAUACAAUGAACGCUUAUGUAAAGAUGAUUCCGGUCAUGUUCGUCCAUUGGUCAAAUAA